AUGGAUAUUUCACUGGCAGAUAUACUUCCACCAUACUCCAAAACUCGACCAAUCCACACUUCUCGAUUGAUUCUUCGACCAUUUCAAUGGACCGACCUACAAGCCGUGCACGAGCUUCGUACACGCCCAGAGGUCAUGCAAUGGACCAGCCAAGUCCAAAUAGACAGCUCUAUACAACAAACGCGUACAUGGAUGGAAAGAUACAUAAACGACAAUGAAACUUCACGACAAAAUUUCAACUUCAUCGUCACUGUCCAACCCGAUAAUCCGGAUAAAUUCUCGCCCAAUUCUUUUCUGGAAGAUAAGAGCGCACUCAUUGGUGUAUGUGGUCUGGUCGCCUGGGACGACUCUCAGAAGUAUCCAUUACCUCUCUUUGGAUAUAUGUUCUUGCCGGAAACUUGGGGCAAGGGAUAUGCUACCGAGGCUGCUCUUGGGUUUCAGCAGGAAUGGAAGCGGCUGAUUGACUUUGGUCUACAAGCUCGCUCUAUUGACAAUCAAUCAAGGCUGGAUUUGUACGACUUGUAUGCUGUUACUCUCGAGACUAAUGUUCCGAGUGCGAAUGUUUUGCGGAAGUGCGGUUGGUGUACAUAUGAGGCUGCCGAUGAGGGGAACCAAAAGACUCUGAAAUGGAUUCUACGAGAUAGACCUGUCAGCUUUGCUCCUUGA